AUGGCAAGAAAGAAAGUAAAUCUUGCAUACAUAACAAAUGAUAGUGUUAGGAAGGCCACUUUCAAGAAAAGGAAGAGAGGCCUGUUGAAGAAAAUGCGUGAACUGAGUACCCUUUGUUCUAUCCAAACAUGCGCAAUUAUUUACAGUCCCUAUCACCCAGAACCUGAGGUUUGGCCUUCCCCCUUGGGGGUACGAAGUGUGAUUGCAAGGUUUAAGAGCAUGCCUGAGGCUGAACAGAGCAUAAAAAUGGUGAACCAAGAAAGUUUUUUGGGGCAACGAAUAACCAAAGCGAAGGACCAACUAAAGAAGCAGCAAAGAGAGAGCAGAGAGUUGGAGAUGACCCAAGUCAUGUACAAGAGCUUGGUUGGAGAUCAAGGGCUGCAAAAUUUGGGUGUUGAAGACUUGAACGACUUGGGAUGGCUCAUAGAGAAAACUAUAGAGGAGAUUGACGAGAGAAUCAAGUCCCUUAGAGAAUAA